GCUUCCUGCCGGGGGCCGGGGCUGGCGCGGCGCUUCCAGCCGGGAGAGGCGGCCGGCGGCAGCGCCAGGUACGGCCGUGCGUGCCUCAGGGACAGCUCAGGUGCAGCCGGUCUGUUCUCCAGAUGGCUUCUUUUGGGUGGAAGAGAAAGAUUGGUGAGAAGGUCUCAAAAGCUACCUCUCAGCAGUUCGAAGCAGAAGCUGCGGAUGACAAGGAUCUGGGUGACGAUGAUGAUGCUAACUGGGUGAUUGCAGCUAAGAGAAGAAAGGAAGUUCUCUUAGAAGAUUGUGUAAGGAAAAGUAAGGAGCUCAAGGAUGAAGGUGCAAACUUGGCCGAAAAUAGGAGGUACAGAGAGGCUCUUGUCAAGUGGGAUGAAGCACUUCAGUUAACUCCAGAGGAUGCUACACUUUAUGAGAUGAAAUCACAGGUCCUGAUGUCUUUACAUGAAAUGUUCCCAGCAGUGCACGCAGCAGAAAUGGCUGUCCAGAGAAACCCACGUUCCUGGGAUGCCUGGCAGACUUUGGGACGUGCCCAGCUUGGAUUAGGAGAGAUAGCACUGGCAAUCCGAAGCUUCCAGGUAUCCUUACACAUCUUUCCAAUGAACCCUGAAGUAUGGAAAGAAGACCUUUCCUGGGCAAGAAAACUACAGGAACAGCAGAAGGCCACAAAGACUGAGUCAACGCAAGCCCUGGCAAAAGAGCUCGUACAAGAGUCAAUCCCAGACUAUGACUUUGAAAGUGAUGAAAUUGUGGCAGUCUGUGCUGCCAUUGCAGAGAAGGAGAAAGCUCUUUCAGCAGCUAAAACGAUGGUGAUUGUGUCUGCUUCAGGCACAGUAGAGACUGUUACUGAGCAGGACAAUUGUCCUGCAACUCCUGAUGAAACCCUUUUCAUCAGGGCCCGGUAGGGCAGCCUCAUGAGUUGUCAUACCCAUAGUUUUAAGAACUACUGUUAUUUAUUGUAUUUUGCUUGCUUUGUGUUUGUUCUUUUUUUAUUAAAUGGUAGGAUAGCCUACAAAAGUUAAAGAAUUGAAGUUAUUUUUCUUCCCUUAGUUAAAAAAGCAAUGACCUGAGUAGUUGUUCCAUCUGUAUUUGUCAAAAAAAAAGCCAAGAGUUGAUUCUAAAAAUUCUAAAUUCUUAUGAACAAAUGUAAUGUUGAAAUGCUUAACUGCAUUCUAACAGCUGCUUCAUCUUUGUGUAUUUCAUAAUUUUACAAGUUAAUGUGUACAUUUUCCCAGUGAUUAGGAAAGUUUUAUUUAAACUGUUGAAGUGCUGUGGUUUAUCCCCAGCUGGCAACUCAGCCCCACACAGCUGACUGCCUCCUGGUGGAAUGGGGGGGAGAAUUGGAAGAGGAAAAGUGAAAGAACUUGUGGGCUGAGAUGGAGACAGCCUAAUAGGGAAAGCAAAAGCUGCACAUGCAAGCAAAGCAAAACAAGGGAUUCACCCACCAGUUCCCAUGGGCAGGCAGGCAUUCAGGCAUCCCCAGGAAAGCAAGGCUACAUCACGUGUGACUUGUGAGGACACUGAGAAUGUCCUACCUCCUUCUUUUGCCAGUUCUGUGUGUUGUGCUGUGAGAUUGAAUAUCCCCAUUUUCAGCUAGGGUCAGCUGUUCCGGCUUGUCUCCUCCCAGCUUCUUGUGCACCCCCAAUCUUCUCACUGUUGGGGUGGGAUGAGAAGCAGGAAGAGGUCUUGACCCUGUGCAAGCACUGCUCAGCAAUAAUAAAAACAACUCUGUGUUACCAAUAUUUGCCAGCACUAAGUGAAAACCUAGCCCCCUACUAGCAACUCUCCAGAAAAUUAACUCUAUUCCAGCCAAAACCAGCCCAAAAAGAAAAAGGGAUGUUUAAAUAUUACUUCGAUCACUACUAAUUAACAUUAUUUUUCUUCCAGUAAAAGCUGGAAGAAAAGUGAACUGUUUUCUGUUAUUGACAGUCUUUAUUUUCAUUAAGAUUACUUUUUCUAUGAGAAAGUGUCCUAUGAAGCAGUGAUGGAUUAUUAUUUUGUAGAAACCUUUAUGUUGCUUUCAAUGUUUUGCCAAGCAAAGUCCUGAAUGCUUAGUUAAAACUAAAUGUUUCACCAGAAGAAAGAACACUGUGACUGAAACUGGCCUUAUCUUGUGUGCUGUGCUACAGACAUCACCAAAAGUAGAAUGGUGGGAGUAGGAAAAUGGCUGAAUUGUAUUGUAUUUGGAGCUUUUCUUUCCUAGUGAGGCUAGUCUGAUGAAGGAAGUCAAUUUGCUUUUCCUAAUUCUUAUGACCUGCCAUUAAAAGUAUGCUCUUCGGGAAAGAGUGAGUCUUCCAGGACGGUGCUGUUGGAGGAGUCUUCCUUUUUAUCCUUUUUGGAUUUUGGAUACAGUGGUGGGUAAUGAGGCAUACCCUAGGAAAUUUUUUAAAAUGUUGAUAUUUUUCAGGGGAAGAUGGCAAUAGGCAGUUCAGAGAAAUGAAAUCAGGCUGGUUCUUUGAUGUGCUCUGUGCUGAGACUGUUCUUAUUUCAUUGUCUUGGAGACAUGGUAGAGAUGAUCACUUCCUAACAGUACUGGAAAAAAUGGUCAGCUGAGGAAUUCCUGACGAAUUCAGUUUGGGAACAUGUAAUUUUUUACUUGAUAAAAUUUUGUAUAAUAAUAGAUAGUUUUGUAGACAAGGGAAACUUCUGAAAUCAGUCAUCUUUGCACUUUUCAAGUCUGAUUUCUAAUUUCAAAAUAAUGCAUUUUAAAAGAAAAUAAUGUUGCUUGAGAAGUGUAGUGGUUUUGCAGUGGAAAAUGCAUUGCAGAAAAACUCAAAUCAUACCUUCUGGUAUCAGAGUAUCUUUAUUUAAGAGGAUACAUACAGUUUUUUAAAAAGACGUAAUUGCCCUGUUCUACUAAGCUUUCAUUAAUUUUUGCAAGAGUCUCCCUAAAUUUUUUUUGUAUUAGUGAAUUUUUAGAUCUAUGCUUGCAUGAGCACAGAUUCACACAAAAUCACACCUUUUACUAUUUUCUGAGUAUUCAAAAUAAUUAAAACUACAGUGGCAUAAAUAUAUUAAGAAAUGUAAAACAUCAUCAUGCUACAUUUUUAUUUCUUCACUAAGUUCAGAACGAUUUUAAAUGCUUACUGGAUAGGCACUUGAUUAAGAUAUGGAUUGAUGGUUUAAAUUAUUAGAGUUAAAGGACUUAUUAAUCUUUCUCCUAUCACUUAAUACAAUCUAGUCAGCCGUAGAAAUAGCAUGAGAGGGAUUUGGACAGAUUUCUUCAAAGAAGCGGUCUUCUCUGGCUGGAAAAGGAGAUGUGUGAGAUGCUCUAGGGUACGUUUUCAUUUUGAAGGAGCUUGGCUGUAUCCACCUCAUCUUUUCUUUGCGCUUUGUACUUGUGCCACUGUUCUGUCUUUACUCAUACAGGAAGGACUGCUGCCCUUCUCUCAGAGGCCUGUGUUAUCACAGAAUCUGUUUCCACUGAAAUGAUUCACAAAGUUCCUAUUGACUUCAGCACUGCAGGGCCAGACUGGUGGAGGGGUGUACAUCUGCACCAUCUGGCUGCGACGGGCUCAAGGGGUGGUGGUUUCCAUCUCAUACACUAAAUGUGUUUUCCUUCUGAUUAGAUUAGGUUAUGAAUUCUAGAUAUUGUCAAAACUGUAGUGUUUUGUAGAGCAGUUAAGUCCCUGGGACACUCUUUUCAAACUGGGGAGAAGUUCAAAUAUUGAUGAUUUCAACAUUGUUUUUGUACAGCAUGCUACGUUUUGCAUGUAUGUAAUUUUCUGGAUCGGUUUGCGGUUUGAAUAAAAUACUGACUUCUGCUGCUUA